UCGCACCCUUCCAAAGGUGUCGUUGUAGUGAUCUUGCAGAGUGACUCUGAGUCUGACACAGUGACGUUGGUCGCCAAUGACCGUAAAUUCAGAAAGGUACUCUUGGAAACCAGUAAACCUACAUCUCUUGGUGUUACUGUCCUUUUAGAAACGGUAAAAAUGAACUGGUUUGGUGGUAGCAUUCCUGAAGCUAUUGGAUUGGCCAAGUCAACAAAUGCUAUAUUUGUUGUAUACAUUCAUGAUUCCUCAGAAGCUUCAAAAACAACAGAUGAAACAUUGGCACAAAAAGAAGCGGCUACAGUGCUCAGUUCAAACAAGUUUGUUGCCAUCAAGUUGGAAAAUGGAACAGAACCUGCUAACCAGUUCUCUCAAAUUUAUCCUGUUGUUCUUCUUCCUUCGCUGUACUUUAUUAGUGGAAGCACAGGAAUGCCAUUAGAAAUUCUAGGUGGUGCUGUUAGUGAGGAAAAACUCAAAGAGAAACUAAAUCAACUUGGUAAUGGUCCAAAGGGUGCAUCUGAGAAACAGCAGCAGGAACCUUCAGUUUCUGCUCCUGAAGAGAUGUCUGUUGAUGAGCCAAAUGCCCCAGAAGAGAUGUCUGUUGAUGAACCAAAUGAACUCUCAGUGCAUCCUAGUACAUCACAUGCCAAAGUCGAAACUCCGGCUGCAUCUGAAACUACAUCGGCAGCUUCAACUCUUGUUGAUAGUUCUCAGAUUCCUGAAGCAUUAGAGAAUGCAAUGGAUAAUGAUGGUGCAAUAGAAAAUAAGGAAGAUAAUGACAAUUUGUCUUCUGAAGUCCCACUAGACGAAAAAGUUGAGAGGGCCAAAAUUUUGUUGGCAGAGAAACAGGCCAAGAAAGUAGAGGAAUCUGCAGAAGAUGAUAAGAAAAAAGAAAUAGACAGACGAAAAAUGGGUCUAGAAAUUGCCAAGAGAAAGAGACAGAUGCAAGAAGAGGAGAUUCAGAGCUUAGUGCGAGAAAGGAAAAAAGAGAAAGAUGACGAUCGAGCAGCUCGGGAAAGAAUUAGAGCUCAGAUAGCUGCUGACAGGCUUGAGGCUCAGGCAAGGGCAGCAUUAUUUAAAGAAGAACCGUCAUCAGCAUCAACACAAGAACCAUCAAGAAAUGUUGGUGCAGCAGCUGCCUCAGUGGCCCCAACAUCAAAUAGAAAUUGCACUGUAACAAGGAUAAAGUUUAGACUCCUAGAUGGAUCCUCAAGUGUUGCAGAGUUUCCUGUUGAAGCCACCUUGGCUGAUGUACGACGCCAUGUUCAGCAACAGUUGGUUUCGUCUUCAGGAUUUUCAUUAACUUCUACUGUGCACCAACAUCCAUUCACACCUCAAGAUAAUAAUGUAUCAUUGUCCAACUUGGGUCUUGUACCAUCAGCUAUUCUCAUUGUAUCGAAUUCAAGUGGAUCUGGUAGUGGAAGUUUAGUACCUUCACAAGGAGGAGCUAUGCAGUUCUUAUGGAUCAUCUUGUCACCCAUCACAUUUAUAUUGGGUUUUGUAAGACAACUGUUCUCAAGUAUAAGUGGAAGGGGUACAAGUUCUUCAAGCAGCACCACUCAAGCUGGAUCCAGUCAGACAACAAACCAGCAACGUCCGGCAACGGCCUAUGGGAGACGAGAAAACAGGUUAAAUCGUGAAGGUAACAUUUAUCGACUUCACAAUAGUAAUGAUGAUGAUGAAAACAACACUUGGAAUGGCAAUUCUACACAGCAAAUGUAAAUGACAUUUAAGGAAGGUGCCUUUUCUACAAUAGAUAAUGAAUGAAUGAAUGUAUGAAAUUUUUGAGCCAUAUGGCCUGGCACUAGGGCCAGAGGGCCAUUCAGCACCUCAAACUUUAUGUAUAGUAGUAAAUAGAGUUGCAAAAUAUUUGAGUGCUUUCACAUUAAUAUAGGAAAAAUAUGAAAUUGGACCAUGCCCUCUCAGUUUUUUGGGUAUGUCAAGCACAGUGGGAAAUUAUAGCAGUGUGAGUGUUUAUGAGGUGCUUCUAUAAUCUUUGUUAUACUAUAUCUUAAUUCGUUAUACACACUUCUUUUACACAUGUUCAUUAGCAGUACUCAUAACGCCAUCAUCUUUAUCUGUAUUACCCAUUAUGAAAUCCCAAGCCAGUUCUUAUAUUUUUCUAAGUUCUUAAGAAAAUUAGAGUUUUACAAAGAUGUAAAUGUAUGAAGGUAGGGGGAAUAGUAAAAUUUCUAGUAUUUAGUAGUUUAGAAUUUCAAGGUAUGCCAUUCACAGGUAUUGUUAUUGAUUUAUCUUGCCUAAAUCCAAAUCAAGCUGUGACUCAUCUAUUAGUGUUGAAUAUAAUGGGGCGCUCAUUUAAGAAAAUACAAUGGCAUUUACAUAAUAAAACUAGUAUCUAUUUGUUUUGCAGCAUUUGCGGAUACUUACAUAAUUUUCUAAUCAGCUUUCUUUUGAACAAUGUGAAUGACUUAAUUUUCUAACUCCUGCAGUGUAGAAAACAAUGUGUAUUUAGGAAUGAGGAAACAAUUUUCCUUUUGUACCUGUUUUUAUAUGCAGAAAUUUGUCUUCGCUGACUUGUCAUGUAUCACUACUUGUCACUUAAGUUUCAAAUGAAAGAUAGUAGUUUUUAAGUCUUUGCUGUUUGAUUUUAGUUUGCUUUUUUCAUCACAAGAGGUAAAGAAAACUUUUCUUAAAAUUUAAUUGUAAUUUUAAUACAUUAGAACUCCGAAAUUAUGGACUUUCAGGACAGUACUCUUUGAAUUUUUUAAAUUUUCAUAUGCUUUCUGAUUAAAUCACAAGUUGAUAUAUUACCUUGGUUACCUCCAGUAAGGUUAUAGAUUGAAAUAAGAGUAAUAGUACAAUAAAUUUUCAAUUGGACCUCAAUAGAAAUUAUUUGUAUGUAAAAGAGAGGGAGAAAGAUUUGAAGACCAAACACUACUUUUGGUACUGUAUAUUUCCGCACAUGAGAUGACCAUUAUAUCCUAAAAUUCACCCCUAAAAAUUGGGGGUCGUCUUAUACUAAAAUUAAGGUGUGUAUCAGAAGGCUAGCCUCAGCCUCGGUGCGAUAACCACGAGUAAUAUGUGAAGAUUCACAUUGUGAAAUAAACUGAUAAUAAAGGUAAUUAAACCAUUUUCACCUAAUAUAUUAUUUGCAUAUCUUCAUAAUAAAUAGCCUAUUUGAGGAACAAUUCUAUAUCAAUGAAACCAACUUUUAUGCAAUCCCAGCUGAGAAACUAAACAUUGAGCUACAGUUGCGCUCACAGCAACCUUCAUCUUUCGGUAACCUUUCAGAAAUUUCAAUGAUAGUGUAAUUAUGGUAGUAAUAACAUUUAUGAUAAUGUGAUAUUAAUUUUUCAUUAAAAGUUUCUCAUACAUAUCACAAGAUUCAUCACAUAUGCCACCAUCAUAGGGAUUCCAGUUUGGUUUUGGCGAGUCGACUUUUUACUUUCACAUUUCCCCACGAGGCAGCAUGCAAAGCUGUUUAGAACAAUUCAGUCAUAUGAACGAUAAUUAUCUACAAUAAUUAUCAUACAUUAUUGUAUUGUUAUUAGUGGUUGUUUGUGAAUGGCGAUGAAACAUAAAAACAAAAACUAUGGUUUCCCUUUAAGGAGACAUAUGGAUGAAAAACUAUAUAGAAUUGGCUUUAAGGGUAUCAGCCCAGGGGUUGGGGGUUGUUUUCCAACCAAGUUGGCGAAGUUGUGUUUUUCACAGUACUAUCUCAAAGAUGAUAAUGUACUGCACUACCAGACGUAAGAUGAUGCAGAUUUGAAGCAUUCUACUAGGUAAAGAAUGCAAUUUUGCAAGUGCAGGUGGAUAAUGAAAAUUCUGUAGCUCAAGAACUUAGCUUCUACUUUUCUCUUUAAUGUCCCAAAAAAUUUAGUUUUUUUUUAAAUAUUUUUUGCUCCUUCUAGUACAUAUGUUAUGUAUAAAUAUGUUUUCCCAUAUAAAGACGAGCUGGUUCUGAACUUUGGUCAACAACAACAAACACGACUUAGUUACACUCUGGCUUACAAGUAUUAUUUUAUCAUAAAUAUGCCUUGUAAGAAGUUUGGUCGUCGAUGGGAAGCAAGUUCUCAUAAUAUUAGCAAAUACGUAUAAUGAAAGCCAAGAAAAGCACCCAAAAUCACUGGGAAAGGUGAUAAACACAAAUAGAUGCAAUAAUAAGAUUCUACCAACAAAAGUUAGUGUAACUAACUCUUUUUUUAUAGUUGUUGACAAGUCCAGAACUAGCUAGUCCCUUUUUUUUUCUUCUUUUUUUUUAUAUUAGAGGGGAUAUUUAAAAAAAAUAGAGAGGACUAGGUGUCAGCUAGGCUUUUCAAGACACAUUUUGAGUGUGACAGUAAGACAAACUUUGGCUGCGUUUUUCACAAAACAUUAGUUUCGUAUAAUCAAAUUUCUAUAAUUCAGCUAUUUAUGAAUGAAUUUGAAUACUUUAAAAAGCAUUAUAUUUAGUAAUUAUUUGAGAAUAAUUUCUCAUGCUAAUUUUUCCUUUUUAUUUGUAUUUAUUUACAUUUAAUAAUAUAAUUUUGUUUUUGUUUUUUGGUGCUAAUUACUAUUAUUUUUUAAACAAAUCUAACUUUAUAGUUAUAUUCGUGCUGUUUGGUUCUUUGUAUAAACUCUGUUUUGAUUUUGAAUAUUUGAAAUUGAUUUAUAAAUUUGCAAAAAAAAGGUAUAAAAUAUAUAUAUAUAUAAUAACAAAUAAUCCAUUUUUAUUCCUAUUAAAUUAAAAGUUUACACAUUCCUUAAAGCACUAUAUAUCAGAACUGGAAUUUUCAUUACGAUAACUUGUGAUAACCCAACCCUCCUAGCUGAUACCCUUAAACCCAGCUUUCAUAAUUUACAAAAGGAAUGUAUCUCUGAUAAUUUAAAAAGGAAUGUAUCUCUGAAUUAAGUUCCAUUUGUCAACUAACAAUAGUGAUAUUGUCAGUAAAAAGUGAUCAGCUGAUUAUUUUAAGACUGUAAACAAACCCAGAAUGCAAAUGGCGCAUCAUCGCUCUGUUCAUGUAUUGUAGUAUGAUAAUUCAUGUAAUAUGAUUAGAUAUAUGUACUACAGUAAAACAAGUUUUAUUAAAAUUACUAUUAUUCUCAAUACAACUAUUAUUCAGUUUGUGCAAGUGAAUAUUUAUCACUGUAACAACUUAAUAAGAGCUCUGUUAAAAUUGUCAAGUUGUUACACCCUGCCAAUUCUCAGUGGUGGCUUCCAUAAGUAAAAAUAAAAUACAUUUUUGUUCAUCCCUCAUGUAAUAGUGAUCUCAAGAAAGAAUACUAGUAAAUUAAAGCUGCAGGUUAUAGCCAAGCCUGAAUAAAACUAACAAUGCUCAGGCAAAAACGAUAUCCAGAACUGGAGAAAUCACACCUAAUGCUUAUACAAAAAAGUAAUAUACAAAAAAGUAAUAGUUGUACGUUUUCAACCAAACCUUGUUAAUUUAUAAAAAAGUUAUCUGAAUUAUAUCUUUUAUAAGAACUAAUGGCAAUGAAGGAAAUAUCGAUAAUACUCAAUCAGGCGAGAUUGAGAAUGUAACCAAUAUCAAAUGCAAAUGGUGUACAUGACAAUGUGUAUAUUCUGUAAUUCAGUAACAAUAUAAUAAUAGUAUGUAAUAUUAAUACUGUAAUUUGAUACAGCAAGCAAAACAACCUUUAUUUAAGUAAUCAUUAUUAUAAAUAAUCUUUGUACUGUUUAACUUUUGCAAAUAAUCACUUCGUCAAAAUAAUUUGUUUUGUAAUUCAGAAGUCCUCUUAUAUUACAGAUAUGAGAUAUAUUCAUGAAAAUCUGCCAUGAUUUUUGACCUCUUAUUAUCUAAAGGCUGUCUUAUAAAUGGAAAUGUACGGUAGUUUAUUGCACUGUGAUGUGUAUUACAAUUAAUUUUAAAAAUAUAUAAGUAUUCAUUCACAUUUAAAUUCAGCAUAUGAGAGAGAAAUGUUGUUAGACUUGAAGCUUGUCUUCCCUACUAUUAGGCCAUAUUCCAGACAUCUUUGCUCAUUCUCUCGCAUUUUCUUUGACCACAACUAUAUAUUACCUAUUUUUAUCAGUUGUCUAUGUAAUUUUUACUCCAUAUUGGACAAUUCUGACUGAAAACAGAUCUAUUCAAAAUUAUGUGAUAAAGUUGUUUCUUAUGUUAGUUUUUAUCUCAGAAUAAGUAUAUAAAUCAGAAUAAAUAUAUAAAUAACCCCUCAAGUGUGUCCAGGUUUUUGAGGUUUUACUACUGACUUUAAGCCUUGUUCUUUUUUCUUGGUAUCCCAAAUUUAGGUUCCGCAUUAGAGCUGUUCUUGUAUGUGCUCAGAAGUUCAGUGAUAUGUAUUAUAAUAUUUGAGUCUCCAGAGUUGGUCAUUCACUUUUCAGAUUUUCACUUUAUUUACAGUUAGCUCAUGAACUGUGAUACCUAUGUGUAAAACAUAAUUGCGAGUUACACUGCUAUUAAUUGUGAGAGAGAGAGUUUAGUAAUACAAUACCUGAAUUGUGUUUUUGUUGUGGGUAUUCUUGGUAAUGAAAGCGGUUACAUUUUACUUGACAAGAUACUAAUACUGCAGAAAAAUGCAAGUCAUCUGUUGUAAGGCUAAAUGUCAAAGAAGUAAAAUAUAUAGAUAUAUUUU